AUAUAUAUCCACCCCUCCCCCACCAUUUCCUUUCCUCUUUUCCCCUUGCUCGCUUUUCCGUUCGUUCUUUCUUUCUCUCUGCAAAUUUUCAGCAAGAAGAAGAAGAAGGUGAGAGCCAAAUCAAAAUUAGGGUUUCUCACUGGGAAUGUGAUUCAUUUGAUUCAUUCACUCGCCAUCGCAGACGAGAGAGAGAGAGAGAGGUUUCAUUGUUUUCUUCAAUGGCGGACAAGAGAUUCAGCGGCGUGAUUGGCUACGCGCUGGCGCCGAAGAAGCAGAACAGCUUCAUCCGCGACUCGCUCGUUUCGCUGGCGAGGUCACGCGGCAUCGACCUCGUGCGGGUCGACUCGGGGCGCGACCUGGCGGAUCAGGGUCCGUUCGAUUGCGUCCUCCACAAGCUCUACGGCGACGAUUGGAAGCGCCAGCUGACGGAAUUCAAAGCGCGGAACCCGAAUGCGGUUAUCCUCGACGCGCCGGAAGCGAUCGAGAGGCUCCACAACCGGAUUUCGAUGCUGCAGGUGGUGUCGGAGCUGAAGGUUGAUGACCGGAACGAGACGUUUGGGAUCCCGAAGCAGAUUGUCAUCUACGACAAAGAAACCCUCUCCGACGGCCAGGCCUGGGAGACGCUGAAGUUUCCGGUGAUCGCGAAGCCGCUGGUGGCUGACGGCAGCGCGAAGUCGCAUAAGAUGGCGCUGGUGUUCACCCACGGCGCGCUCAACAAGCUCAAGCCGCCGAUCGUGCUGCAGGAGUUUGUUAACCACGGCGGCGUGAUUUUCAAGGUGUACGUCGUCGGGGAGCAUGUGCGGUGCGUGAAGAGGAAAUCCCUCCCUGACGUUUCUGAGGAGAAGGCGCUCGGCGUUUCAGAGGACCUGCUAUCGUUUUCGCAGGUGUCGAACCUCGCCAGCCGUGACAUGAUCGACGAUGACAAGUACUACAUGCACAUGGAUGACACUGAGAUGCCGCCGCAGGGGUUCAUCAUCGACAUUGCCGCUGGCUUGAGGCGCGCCAUGAAGCUGAACCUUUUCAACUUCGAUGUGAUUCGGGAUUCGAGAUUAGGGAAUCGCUACCUCAUUAUUGACAUCAAUUACUUCCCUGGGUAUGCCAAGAUGCCCGGUUAUGAGAAGGUUUUGACUGAGUUUUUCUGUGAUGUGAUGUGCAAGAAACAGCAGGAGGAGGAACAAGGUGAAGGGGAUAAAGCUGCUUCGCCUGCAGAGAAAGAGAAAGAGAAAUCUGUUCAAGUCUAAAAGAAUUGUGUCUUUUGGGUAACCAGAAUUUCCUCAGUGGACCCAAUUGCUGGUGGGUGGCUAGGCUCGAGUUGCAAAUUUCGUUUAGGUAGAGGUUGGUUGGUACAGUGGUGUAAAGCCAGUUUAGGGUUGUUUGUGGCUAGUUUUUAACCUCUUAACAACAAUGUGUAUAUUCCAUCAACCAUUGCUCUGGAAAUAGGUACCUUUUUCAACACCCUCAAGUUUUAGAAAAAAAAGUUGUAUUUUGAGGCUGAAGAUCACCAUGCUAGGAACUGUUUUGAUUUCUGUCUUUGCUUUUUUAACUCAAAUGCCUUUUAUUCUCCAUCUUGCCAAAUUCUAUUCACAUUUUGGAUUUA